AUGACCUUGGCUUUAUCUCCACAAAUCAUCUCGCUGAGGAAGCAGACAAUUCUCUCUAAUCUCUUUAUCAAUGAUCUGGAUGAGGGGAUCAAGGGCAUCCUCACCAAAUUUGCAGAUUACACCAAGUUCUCUGGGAGUGUUGAUCUGCCUGAAGUGAGAAAAAAAGCAUUUCUACUUCCCACGCCCCUCGCUCUCCCUCCCGCGUCUCCGCUCCGCCUCCCACCAACCCACAUCUCCCCCCGCGCCCCGCUGCGGACUCCGUGUCCCAUGUUGCCCCCUGCGCCGCCCACCCUCCUCAUUGGCUGGCGGCGGCGGCGGCACGGCCCUGUCCCAGAGCCCACCGCUUCGCUCGCAGCUCGGUCUCCGUCCGGGAGCGCCGCGGCGGCGGCGGACUCCAUCUCCCAGCGUGCCGCGCGGCAGCUGCGGUGUGCCUCGGCCAAUCAGCUGGGCGGCGCGGCAAGGGGCGGGCCGGGCGGCGGGGGAGGCUGUUUAAAGUGGCGCUUGCGGCGCGCGAAGGGGAUGGCGGAGCCGGCAGACUAUCCCCCGUUCCAGCUGGGGAAGCCCCGCUUCGAGCAGACUUCAUUUUAUGGCAGAUUCAGGCACUUCUUGGACAUCAUUGAUCCCCGGACUCUCUUUGUUACUGAGAGUCGCCUGAAGGAAGCUGUGCAGCUGCUGGAGGAUUACAAGCAUGGGACUUUGCCCCCAGGAGUCACCAACAAGGAGCUGUGGGGAGCUCAAAAAAUUAAGCAGGCCAUCAUCCACCCCGACACAAAUGAGACCAUCUUCAUGCCUUUCCGAAUGUCAGGUUACAUUCCCUUUGGAACACCCAUCGUUGUUGGUCUUCUCUUGCCCAACCAGACGCUGGCAUCCACUGUGUUUUGGCAGUGGUUGAAUCAGAGCCACAACGCCUGCGUCAACUAUGCAAACCGCAACGCGACCAAGCCUUCUCCGACAUCCAAGUUCAUCCAGGGCUACUUGGGAGCUGUCAUAAGUGCUGUCUCAAUAGCAGUGGGCCUUAAUGUUCUGAUUCAGAGAGCAAACAAGUUUACUCCUGCCACUCGUCUCUUGAUCCAGAGGUUUGUGCCAUUCCCUGCUGUCGCUAGUGCCAAUAUCUGCAACGUUGUCCUGAUGAGGCACACGGAGCUGGAAGAAGGAAUUGAUGUUUUGGACAACAAUGGAAACAUCGUUGGGUCUUCCAGAAUUGCUGCAAGACAUGCGCUGCUAGAAACGGCCCUGACUCGAGUGGUCCUGCCAAUGCCUAUACUGGUUCUACCUCCAAUUAUUAUGUCCAUACUGGAAAAAACAUCACUGCUGAGGUCUCGACCCCGGAUGAUUCUCCCAGUCCAAAGCCUUGUGUGCCUCGCUGCCUUUGGCCUGGCCCUCCCCUUGGCCAUCAGUCUCUUCCCACAGAUGUCUGAGAUUGAGACAUCUCAUCUGGAGCCCGAAAUCGCAAUGGCCACCACCAGUAAGACUGUGGUCUACAAUAAAGGAUUGUAAGUGGAAGUGGACCAUCUCAGCUCAGAAGAUCUGGGGAGAAAAAGGGGGGAAACUUCCUGACUGGGAAAAAAAAAGAAAACAACAGCAAGCUAAAACAAAUCAUAGAGCUCAGCGAUAGUAACAAUUCCUGCUCCCGGCGAGCUGGGAGUGAAUUAACACUUGCAGAGAACUGACACCUCACACCAGUCACCAGGAUUAAUAUCAAAAGUUUUAAAUUAGCAGCAACAAAAGAAAUCACAUCCAAACACUUUAGAGAAGUAGCUAGAGAAGAAUCUCAGAACUUACUAGCACUGCAUGGAGGGAUGUCUGACUGCACAUUAAUCCCUAACUACAUGAGAUUAGGCUUCACCCAGCAAAUCUUGGGUUUGAUGCCAACUGAAUCUCCACAAGGGUGCUGCACAACAGCCAUUCUGCAGAGCUCGAUGGGUGCAUGAGUGUGAAGCACUUGAUAGGGUGUUUGAUAAGUGUCCUGCAUUGAUUUCAUGCCCAUCCUGCCCCAGCCACCAUGCACCAAAGCAGCCAUCCACGGCUUGCCGCCCAGCGUUCCGUUAGCACUGCAAAGGUCACAGCCUGUGCCCCCUCUGUCCCUCCCACCUUCUUCUCCAGAUGCUCCUGAUGGCAUCCUUGCCAUUCACUGUGCUUGCAAAACUUUAUGUCCCAGGAGCCUACCCAGGUGUACCUGCAAGGGCUUUUGCCCAGGGUUCAAGAUACUGGAAAGCCAAGAUGCCCACAUGUUGAGAAGGAAUCUAAUAGCAAAAAUAUCAUGGAUGUGCUCUUUCCCUUUCAGAGACAUGAAGGGUGGGGGUUGUCCUACCUAAUGUAGACCCUGUAUAAGGUCAUUAAUCUAAGAUAAUUUGCCAAGCCACACUUUGCCAAGCUUCUUGUCUAAGGACAGGACAUGCUUUAGCUUCUGAUCAGCCCUGGCCAGGCAAUUGGACUAGAUGAUUGUUGUAGGACCCUUCCAGCUGGAACUGCUCCCCUGCCCCUGCCCCUGCCUCCUUCCCCUUCCUCUUCCCCUUCCCCUUCCCUUUCCCUUGUACCAGUGCAGAGGAGGACCCAAAGCAGAGACUGGUAGGCAGGAUGGCUUUACUUGGCAGAUGUGCCAGGCUGAUGGCUCUAUGAGGGGUGAACUGCCCUCUGGCCAUGGCUUCCUGUCUGUCUGCCUCUUCAGCUGCUCCAUUUUGAUGUGCUUCAAGUGAGGUGGGGCAAGUGCCCACCAGCACUGCCCCAAAUCCUGCCUUCACAUGGGUUUGGGGUCAUACUUUGGCUUUUUGGUAUCUUGUACCCAAGAGUAAACCCUGAGUCAUUCCAUGAGGACCGGAGUGGUUAAUGCAGGCUUCGAACAUGGUCACCAGCAGCAGACCAAUGCCAUCUGCCUCUGGGAUCCUUGUGAGGAUGGAGCUGUGGUGGCGAUGAGCACGGCCAAAUGCACAGGCUGUCAUCUUCCAAAUGCCAUUUGUUGGGGGUUUUGGGGAGGGUGGGGGGAGCAGGGGAAACCAAAUGCCACUGACACAGAAUGUAUUCGAAGGAUUUUUUGCAAUGCCUGAAACUGGGAGGCCUGAGCCCUGCCGUGUGCUCCUCCACCGCUGGCCACUCUCCUUCCCCUCUGCGGUCAGACCAGCAGGAACUGGAGUCAAGCAAUGGUCAGGCCAGCUCAGAAAGAUUGAUUCUGUCCCCAUGCUGGUAGAAAUCAGAAAUAAUUGCACAAAACAAAUCCGUGGUGUGGAUUUAGAUGCCAGCAUGCAGGGGAGGAGAGGCCAGCUCCGGGCUCUCCAUAGCUGCUGUUAAUGGGCCAGCUCCUGAUCCCUGACACUGGUGGGAGCACAGAGUAGGUCCCUUUACACUCAUGGAGCUAUUCUGGAUUUACACCAGGGUAAGGGACAGGUAGGCUUGACCCAGUUGAGUUCCUCUGAUGCACUAGAUGAGAUGAAUGUACACUCUGGAGGAAGCCAGGCCACCCCAUCUGCUCCAGGUGGGAUUUGGAGAGGCUCCUGGGAAGUGGCAUCUGCCCUUUUGACUUUUCCAUGAGUAUCUGUCCUAUGGGCAGCACAGAAUCAGGCUCUGUAUUUUACUUUGGGAAGAAGGGACACCAAGCAGCAGUGACAGAGGGGAGCAGACCUCCAGCCCCAGGAAGGGGAGCAGGGAUGCUGGCAGUCCCUGAGUAGCAGCCUGCUGCAGCGGUGAGGCUCCGGAGAGCCAGCUGGGAUGAGCUGUGUGCCUGGAAAAGAGCCCUUGCCAUUGCUGCAGGAUGUGGGAGGAGGCAAGGAUCUCUGUGCUGGAUUCUGGAGGUACAGAGACCCUCUUCCACACAUAUCUACUUGGGAAAAAGCUACUCUGAACCUCAAACUUCAUGGCUCCACUGAGCCCAGAGAAGUCAGGAGCUGAGCUGCUUCACAUUGCACAACUUGCCUCUGUCCUCCUGAAUGGAAAUGCAGGGCUGAGACAGAAACAGCCUCUUGUGUUGACAGCAGAAGCCUCCUGGCUCGUUUGUCUGAGUGGAUCGUUCCCCCUUCCCUGCUGGGUUUUGUCACUGUCUGAACCAUUCUGCUGCACAGCUCAUUCAUCCCCAGCUUUUCUGGGGGGAUAAGAAGGAGGAAGGGAGAAGCGAUGGAGGCUGCCCUUUGCUGUGAGAUGGCGCAAGGAGGGAGCAGGUGGGUUGGCAUUGUGGUCACCCAUGAAACGCUUUGGUGGCUGGGAGCUCUGGCAGCCUGCUGGGACCACAGAUGGAGUGGAGGAAAGGAGUCAGGACUUUGCUUGUAUUUCUUUAGGAAGCACCCAGGGAAAAGCACAGAUUGAGCAAGUUCUGCCUCAGGAAAGAGCCAGUCCCAAAUUUUCUCCAUGAUGGGAAGUGAGUAUGGAUGUUUGGCUUGCAUGCACAUCACCUGCAGGUCAUUAAUUAGCAGGGCAUGCUCACCAUGUUAAUCCAUCAGUGCUCAGGAAGACCCUUGGUUUGGAGGAGAAUAGCCUUGAAGCUCAUUGAGCCUCCUGUGAUUGAGGAGGGCCUGAUCCCGCUCGAGCAGGUGAAGACCAGCUUGAGGGAUGUCAGAAGAGAUUAUGGCUUGGCUCAAAAGCAGCUGCACAGCCGAGCAAGUGACAAUCAAACGGUCUAAAUGAGCCUGGAUCGCUCGUCUGCCCGUACAAACCUCGUCAAACUUGUUUCACUUCAUGUGUCAUCAACAUGGGUCUCAGUCAACUCGUCACUUGCUGCUGAGACAGGAAUACAUCCCAGGGUCCUGAGUCAGGCCUUUGCCACUGUCUGUCUCUAAGAGCUGAACACAGGAGGUUGGCAACGGCCUCUGCUUUCAAAUUGUGUUUAAAUCCAACUCAAAAUGUUGUGCCCCCCACCAAGUGCUGGGAAAAUGCUCCUGCUUGGAGCUGGGAAGGGAAAGCCACCACCUCACAGGGAACAGUUCCCUUUUCUAACCUCUUUCAAAAGCAUCUGCAGGUCCUGUGUUGUGAGGAAGCUCUUUCAUCAGCAAUACCCUUGAGGCUGGAGACCUGAAGGCUCGACCCCACAUCUCCCCACCCCACCUGUGUCCCCUCCACCCAGGCAGCCAGGACAGUGCAGACCCAUCUCUUCUGCCCUUCCCCUCACUGCCUCCAGGCUUGGUGGCAAACAGGAUGAGGAGUGUGUUUUGGUGGCCCCAUGAUCCUAAACUCUUGGGGAAGUUGAGACCAUGGUGUCCCCACCCUGGGACACUGCAGCCAGCUGAAGCAGUUUGGCAUUCAAGCUGCCACCAUUCCAAUGCAGGGGCUGUCAAAUGCAUUUGUAUUCAGAAGCAGCGGAAUGGCUCAGCAGGCAUACACCUGAUCCUCAUGGAUCCUAAAAGACCACAGGCAGCUUAAGGUUGGGCUCCCUGUUGCAGUGGUUCCAGCACUGUCUCGGCUUGCUUGCUGCCAUCCACGGUGGGGCCGCCAGCGAGCACCAAAAUGCCACACUCAGCUCUUCCUGCAGCGUUAGAAAUGAGAAGGCUGGAGCUGGGGAAGCGGCAGUGGCACAUUAGUACUGUUAUUAGGACAGCAAAUGGUGCCAGGAAAGACUACACACAGCAGCUAAUGAUAACAUUAUGCACUUUCACUUAAUAGCUAAUUAAUCUCUUUGACUUUCCUAAUGCACAGAAAGGAGCCCUGGGUUUGCAAGAACAACCCAACCGUUGGCAUUUCUUCUUUCCCUCUUGUAAUUGGGGAGGUUGAAAACAAAUGGGGAGCACAAAACCCCACCCUGCACAUCGAGGUGUUCACCUCAGCAGGUAAUGAGAAUGAGAGGACCAUCUCCUGCAGUACUUAAUUAGAAAUGUCGCUGUUAAUUGAUUUCUUGGGUGCGCUAAUUAAGAAAUAAUGAGGACCAGGUUGCAGCAAAAGGUGUCACCGAGAAGCUUUGAGGCCUUCCUGGAAGAUGUUGGCUGCUGCCUGAGCUGGCCAAGGGAAGACCAGGGCAACACAAUGGUGUUGUCUGUGUCCUGAACUCACCUUUAAGCCUGGAGAAAGCUCAACUCCUUUCCUCUCACUUCUUGCUCGUUUUUCUGCUCUGCAUCCCUACACGUGGCCAGGUGUGGGCAGAGGCCCAGGUCCCAGCAGGACAGGCAGUAGGGCAUCCUCUCACCAGUGCCGUGCAUCACUGGGAUGUGGGAUGACCUGGCUGAUGCUGGACCCUGCCACCCUGGGACAAGUGAUGGUAGACUCCACCAGCUUGGGACCUGUGUUCCUGGAAGAUCUCAGGGUUGUACUGAUGCCACAUAACAGAGAUGCCUGUGUCCCCCCGGCUUCAGCCGGCUCCUGAAAGGGCUGUGAUGGAGAUCCGGAGCCUUGAAUGCUCUUCAGGAGCGUGGGGGCUGCUGCUGCAUUGUAGCAAGACCCUGACAGCCUUUGAGCAAAGGUUUCUAGAGUGCAAAGAGUCUCACCUGAGAAGCUGGCCUGGACCUGACAGGGUUCCUGGUGUGGGCUGUGCAGACAGUGCAGGGUUGAAGCGGUCCUGCUGGUGGCAGAUACCCUCAGCCUUGGUUACCUUCAUAGAGCUGCUUUAGGGAAUGUCCACUUCUGGCUUUUCUCCCCCCAUUUUAUUAUGUCUUAUUUUGCACCCAGCACCCUCAGCUGCCUCUUCUCAUGCAGCCAUCCUCCAGCACCCGGUCUGAAUGCACCUUAUACCCACGGUAAGGGCACGUCCCCUGGCACACGGGAGUGGGGGCCCUCGCCAGCCCCAGCACGUCUUCCAGCGGUCCCCACGCCAGCCCUCAGUGGGUGCAGGUCCCUCUGCCACCCUCGGGCACCCUGCUGUGCGCCUCGGCUCUUUUUAACCUUCUGGACAGCGUUGCUGACUGCAGCUCUUUGUGUAACACUUGGGUCUGUCUGGAAUAAAAGAGUUUAAA